ACAAAUACAACAACGACGACGGAAACUUGACCGAACAGCUUUCAGUCUAGCGAAAUUUACAAAUAUAACUUCCGUAACUGCACCGCCAUUAACUAAUGGUAUGGUGACAAGUCAGUGCUGGUGUUUUCUACUGCAACAAAUGACAUCCUGCAUGUAGUGUUGUGUACAAUGUUUUUAUUUUGCACUCGUGUUUGUCGAACGGCUCAAACUUCACCGACCUUCAGCCGACUUCAGUGUCAGAAACAAUCUCGUCAUGGCUGGAGCUCGAGAAGUCCGGGGUCAGUCUCAACCUCGGCGAUUUGUUCGAGCCGUUCUUCUGUUUCUCACAGGACUAUUUUGCCAAGACUUCUUUCCCCGGCUUCAGUCGGUGUCUCACAUUUUCCUGUGAAGGAGUUUCACACUUCAGCUGGACUCCACACUCCGCCUGCUGCACUGCUGUGGCUGCUGGUCAAACCUCUGCAGAAGGUCACAGCCAUCAUCGUGGGCAGAAGUAUCAGGAAAUGGUGGAAGGCUUUGCCCCCCAAUAAGAAGCAGCUCUUGCGCGAGUGGGCAUGGCAGCGACGCUGGCGUCUGACAGGAGUUGGCACAGGGUUGAUGCUCUUCAUCUCUCUGUUCUUUUUCACCUACAUGGAAGAGAGUCCUCUGACUGGCAGAAGCCGAUUACUGGUUUUCAGCAAGGAGACCUUUAUUAAACUGACUGAGCAUGCUACAGAAUUGUGCUUAGAGGAGCACGAGAAUUCGUUGAUCCCUGAUUUUGACCCCAGGUAUCAGGUGGUUAAGCGAGUGGUCCAACACUUGGUCGAUCGAAACGAGGAUAUUGAAGGGAUGAAAUCUGUUCCCUGGACCGUUCAUUUGAUCGAGAGCCCCACUGCCAAUGCUUAUGUCCUGCCUAAUGGGAUGAUAUUUGUCUUUACAGGAAUGCUGGAGGCUGUUGGAGACAUCCAUCAGCUGGCUUUUGUCCUGGGGCAUGAGAUGGCCCACGCUCUGAUCGGUCAUGCUGCAGAGCAGGCUAGUUUGUCCCAUGUGCUGGAUUUGUUAUCUAUGGUCCUGUUGACAAUGAUUUGGGCGAUCUGUCCUCGAGACAGUCUUGCUUUGUUGGGUCAGUGGAUACAAGGCAAACUAGUUGAGAUUUUGUUUAACAGACCUUACAGUCGGAAACUAGAAGCAGAGGCUGAUCAAAUUGGACUGCAGCUGGCAGCGAAGGCAUGUGUGGAUGUGAGAUCCAGCCCUGUCUUUUGGCAGAAGAUGGAGUUAUCCAAUCAAUUAUCAGAAGAAUUCACUAUGCCUGAGUGGUUUUCCACCCACCCCUCCCACCGCAGUCGCAUCACACAACUUGACCACCUUGUUCCUGCGGCUUUAGAGCUCCGUGCGAGAUGCGGCUGCCCCGCUCUUUCUGAACCUGAUCCCCGGGUUGUCUUUUCCAAGGUGGCACAACAGCUUCUCAAGGACGCGGAGAAAGAAAAAAAACAAGCCAAAGAGUUGACGGAGAGCGAGCGAGCGGAAUGAACACAGCAGAGAGUUCAGCCUCCGUUAGGGGUAGCAUUGGCUCUGGCAGCUCAACAACAGACUCUGUUCAGUAAAAACUGAGACUUGACUGAAAUCAGACUUCUGAGUAUAGAGUUUUAACCACCAGCAAACAGAAUUAAUAUUAUUUCAGAGCUUAAUAUUUGAUUUUGGCAAUAAAGAGAAUGAACGUUACGUGAAUAUACAGAUGUUGGUCUUGUAGCCAGCUGUGACAAAUCUGUUUACUUGACUACCACACGGAAUUUUUGUCCGUGUGAGUUUUUAUCUGUUUUUAUUUCUAAUCUGUCAGCUAUUACCUCCCAUAUGUAUGUGAACAUCAUCUGAACAAGGCAGCGUUUGUAAAGAUUACGAGGGUUUAGUUAGCGUUAAUGUUAGGAUUAGCAUAAUAACCUCAUGAAGCUAUAAGUAACUUUUAGAUUUAAUUUAUUCACAAAAAGACAGAAUUAGCCUUUAUAUUGUUUUCGGGUAUAUUAUAUAUUUUAUAUUGUGUUUAUGCUACUGUAUGCUUGAGUAUAUUUGGGGUAAAAUUCUCUAAAAGUCAAAUAUUUGUGGUCAUUUAUGACAACUGUGGAAUUAAAUAAAAUGCAGUAUCACGGAAAAUCAAUAAUCUCUGUUUGGGGUCAUUUGGACAAAUAGUUCCAUGGACCAGUUGUAUAGGUGAAUGGUUUCAUGGGGAUUUUCUUAUCACUGUCAUUGUAGCUCAUUUAAAAAAAAAAUAAAUAAAUAAAUAAAUUAUAUUUUGGGAUCAAUGAACCCCACUAAAAACAUGCUUUUCUUUUUAAAAUGUGAAAGAUUUAUAUACGGAGUGUGUGUGUUUUUAUAAGAAUGUACCAGGUGACCGUGUGAUAGCUGUGAAAGAAAAUAAAAAACAACAUUUUUAUCA